AUGGCUGCCAUUGCAAAUCGUGUCACAGCUCUUGUGCCCAAACUUGCUCUUCCUGUAGCACGUUAUGGACAAUCAAAAUUAUCUCGUUUUUGGUAUUUUGCUCGUGUUGAAUUACGUCCACCAAUGCCAAGUGAAUUUGGUCAAGUUCAACAAGGCCUUCAACAAAUAGUUAAAUCAGCUUCGUCCAGUGGAUGGCGUCAAUUGACUGUUAAACAAUUUGCUUUAAACUCACUUGUCGGUCUUGAAGUAAUGUUCUGGUUUUAUAUCGGUGAAUGUAUUGGUCGUGGUAGCAUUAUCGGUUAUCGACCAGGUCGCAGUGAAGGUAUCCCAGCUCCAUACAAAUACUUCAUGUGA